AUGCCUGCCGGUCCCAUGGAUGCCCUCGGGGCUUUCUCCUACCUGUCCGAUAACCUACCAACCUGGAUCACUCGCGUUACCGACCUGACUGCACACACCGCUGCCAAAAACGCCGAAUAUGCAGAAGCUCAUAAGAAACAUGCGACAACAGCAGGCAAGCCUAGACGCCGGCGCAAGAACAGCUCUGUUUGCUCCAUCCGUACAGAGGAACUUUUCCCUUCGACUCAGAUUUCCAACGCUCCUGCCUCAUCCAAUGUUGCAGACCAGAACCAAGCUCCAACUACCAACAACUCUACUUGCGCACUGAAUGAGUUUACUGAGAACUCCCGAAAGAGAGGGACGAACCAUGAUGACGCCCCCAGCUUCGAAGAUCCAACAGCAUCUCUCAUCAGUACCAGACACAACCUCAUUAUCCACUAUGACGGUCAUACGCAGAAGGUCUUGGAGGAUAUAGUUCGGAAUAUCGCAACGGCCAGAAACAACAUUCGACGAGGGCGAAUGGCUCAGCUUCCACGUAUGGGCUUUCGAGCAGGUAUGCCUUCUAUACCCGGCCGCAGUCCGCCAGAUGCAGUAUUGUCUAGCAUCCGCAGUGCACGGAAUCGAGGGCCCCCAGGGCCGCAGAAGGAGACGAGUGCAUUCGACCUUGCCGACAAGCAACUGGAAGUGGCCCACGGUCUGUGUGAGUCGGCCGCCUAUCAAUUCCUCCGCUCAGGUGAUUGCAAAUCGGAACUGAGGAGCGUGGAUGAGAAGUUCAAGCUGCUGCUUGAUAUAUCUGGUGUGGAAGUGCGACGAUUGAAGGAGGAGCAGGAACGGGCACCACCAGAGCCUGAGAAGGAGGGAACAGCGAUAGAACCCCAGUUACCAACCUCUAUACCCACGAUCGAGCCGAGUGAAAAGCUCAGACCUGCCUCGCCCAACGGGGCUGCGACCGGGGCUAUCGAAGUCGAUGAUGACAGUUCAGCGUCGAUGGAACCGAUUGACCUGAGGGCAUUCCGGGCCAACCGUAUGGCCCGUAUGAGGCGUGCACCAGUGUGA